GUUAUCUCCCCUUAUCUCUCCCUAUAUAAAGAAACUAGCCCACAGUCUCGACGUAGAAACCACAGCAGGCGGUCUGGCAGAAACCAUACGCGAUGUGGGAAUAUAGUGAUGAAAAUGAUGAUAAUGAUGAUUCAAGCAAGAAGGGGGAUUGUGAAGAUUCCGUCAUCUCUCAACAGCCCUCACGUUCUGAUGAUGGCGAUUAUGAUGGUUUAUCAGACUGACAAAGUCGAAUCCCUCCUCAGUUUACUUCGCCAGAGGACGCAGCUGUUUGGCACCUUCCACACUCGAACCUCUUUGACCUUAGGUGAAUGCCUUUCGGGUGACCUGCAUCUCCCCCUCGAGCAAGCCCUGCGAACUCAACCCCCUCUGCCACGGCCGGAUGCAUCUGACACUCCAGAGGGCGGAAGCAUGUUCUACCCCCGUGGGGAGCCGCCGCAUAAAAGGACACUUCUCAUCACACGGAGCGAGAGAGAGACAACGGACAGACGACGACACACAGGGUCUAGCUCGUCACCUAUCCGCCCUCGGCACCCUGAAAGACAGGGGGUUUAUUGGGAUCUUAUAUCUACCUUCAGUAAUAAACCUACAAUUCAGGAUCUCUCAUUCACAUCCACUAUGGUCACCCUUUUUCGUUCAUAUCUGGUGCCAAACGGUGGUCCUACGUUCAUAACUGAAGCCAGCGGUGCUCCCUACCUUCACAAUAAACCUAAUGACAGUAAGAGUGAAAAUGAUAAUAGAGAGAAAGGAGCGGGGAGAGGGUAGGAGAGAGUGAGUGAG